CCUGCGCUCCUCCCGCCCCAGUUCCUGUGCCUGCGCCCCGGGGCCGCUGCCUCCAAAGUGAUUGUUGCCUCGUAGCCUCCGCUGGGUCCGGGAACAUGAAGCUGCUGCCAUCGGUGGUGCUGAAGCUCUUUCUAGCUGCAGUGCUCUCGGCGUUGGUGACUGGAGAGAGCCUGGAGUGGCUUCAGAGAGGGCUGGCGGGUGGGACCAGCAACCUGGGAUCUCCCACUGACUCUAUGGACCAGCUGCUGCCCCCCGGAGGCGUCAGAGGCCGGGAAGUCCUGGACUUAGAAGGGGCCGACCUGGAUCUUUUCAGAGCUCCUUUCUCCUCCAAGCCACAAGCUCUGGCCACACCCAGCAAGGAAGAGCGUGGGAAAAGAAAGAAGAAAGGCAAAAAGGGGUUGGGAAAGAAGAGAGACCCGUGUCUUAGGAAAUACAAGGACUUCUGCAUCCAUGGAGAAUGCAAAUAUGUGAAGGAGCUCCAGGCUCCAUCCUGCAUUUGCCACCUGGGUUACCACGGAGAGAGGUGCCAUGGGCUGAGUCUCCCGGUGGAAAAUCGCUUGUCUACUUAUGACCACACAACCAUCCUGGCUGUGGUGGCUGUGGUGCUGUCGUCUGUCUGUCUGCUCGUCAUUGUGGGGCUUCUCAUGUUUAGGUACCAUAGGAGAGGAGGUUAUGAUGUGGAAAAUGAAGAGAAAGUGAAGUUGGGCAUGACUACUUCCCACUGAGAGAGACCUGUGCUCAAGGAAUCAGCUGGGGACUGCUAC